UUGUCUCCUCUUUCUUACAUUCUUCCUUUUCCUCUCCUCUAGAUUCAUCCGCUUUAGACAUGGCCCUGGGUCCUAUCAUCUUCUUUGUGGUGAUGGCGCUGGUCUACCACCCCCUGAUGGUCAGCGAUGACACGGAUCCUGCCACGUUGGGCCGGAUCCAGCAGCACGAGGAAUUGUUGAACAAGGAGAUGGACUACUUGCAAGUAGAAUUUGAGCAGAAGGCCUGGAGCUGGGUCCCGAAGCAGAAGCAGAAGCAGGAGAAAUUUGUGAAGUCCGACCUGCCGGUGGAAGACGGGACCUGGGAUGGUUGGCCUUACGUGGGCCUCAUCAUCCUUGUUGUCUUUGGCUGCUGCAGGCACACGAUGGAAAAGGAUACCCAUUACGACUCCAGCACGGAUGGCUCCAGCACGUCCACCACAGAUGAAUACGACUACGACACAGACAUGGAGCCGGAAGUUGGCAAACCCAACCAGAAGAAGCUGGAGGCCUUCUAUGACUGCUAUAUCGGACUGGAAAACGGCGACUUGAAGAACGUGUGCGAUUUUGUGGAGACCUUCGUCAACGAUUUGUUGGAUGAAGGUCGGAAAACCCUUCCAUACCAGAACACCCUUCCUCUGAUGGAGAACUGCAUCGGAGUGGGCAGCGCCUUUGAAGGGUGGCACGUACAACGGCUGUCAAAACCCUUCACUGUCCUGGUGCCCCUCCUGCCGCCCAAAGGCCAUUCCUUCCAAAUCGAAAGCAGUGAUGCUGAGGGUGGACCCAGCAAACAUGGCCACAUUUUGGUGGAGAUGGACUGCGUUUGCAAAAGGCAGCGGUUGCUGGGUGACGUGGUGUGCUUCCUCCACCACCCAGACCGGGAGCUGAGUGAAGAAGGCGCAUUCCUCCUCCACAUUUUGUGCACCAGUUCCCACUUGGAUGUGGGGAAGACCAUCCGCUGGUACCAGAAUUUGGUGGUCAAGGCUUGGAGGAACCUCCGUGAGAGGUACACCCUCGACCUCACGCUCAUGCCGUCGGCCACAACAUGCCGGUUGAAGCUGGCCUUCCACUCUGGGCGUUCUGUUCUAGUGGACAUCACUCUCGGUGUCCAGCAAGGAGACUCCUUGGUCUUCCUAGUCACCCACUGUGGAGACGCCAACCCUACCAAGGGCACCAUUUGGCUGAAGACCUUCGCUGUUCAGGAGCUGCUCUUCUUUGAAUGGUUUGGCCAACGGGCACCCGAAUGGAGCUGUCACUUGAAGUGUCUCCAGAUCCUGAUGUAUCUCAAGGGUUCUGGUAGUCUGUCCGGUAAGAACCCUGUCCUCACUGACUACCAUUACAAGACUUGCUUGAUGCACCUCUUGCUCCUGCGGCCGGUCUCCAACUGGAACCCUGAGAACCUGGCAACGAGGCUCCAAGACAUCCUCUUGUUCUUGCACACGGCACUGCGGGAGAAAUAUCUCGAGCACUUCCUGAUCGGGAACAUCUCCUUGCCAAUCCAGAUCCCAAUGCCACAAGUCCUCCGGAGUGCUGAGCCCCUCAAUCUUUUUGAUCACUUGGCGGCCAACAAUGGUCUCCAUGCCAAAGCCAUAAAGGAAGCCACAGAGAUCGUGGAACGGGUGAGGGCCCUCUACUCAAAGCAGGAAGAGUAGCUUGGGUCAGCUUCAUUCCCAGAGUCCCAUCGAGGAAC